AUGCAAGCUGCAGGUGUUAGUCAGUUGAGGGGUAAGGACAAUGGUCUUUACUACAGUUACGAAUCGAUACCCUAUGCUGAGGCCCCUCUGGGAAAUUUGAGAUUUGAAGCUCCUCAGCCUUAUAGUCAAAAAUGGGAUCACGUUUUUGAUGCCAGCAUUAGCCCUAACCCUUGCAUGCAAUGGGAUCAAUUCAUUGAAGGUGAGGACAAGGUAGGAGGCGUGGAAGAUUGCCUAACGGUCAAUAUCUACAAGCCGAAGACGGGUAAAACCAAUUACCCUGUAAUGGUUUACAUACAUGGAGGCUGUUUUAUGUUUGGUGACAUCAGACUCUAUCAACCCGAAUACCUAAUGGAAAACGGCAACAUUAUAUUGGUAAAGGUCGUCUAUCGUCUGGGCCCCUUGGGUUUCCUGAGUGCAGAGGACGAACAUAUCAGCGGAAACUUUGGCCUAAAGGAUCAACAAUUGGCUUUGAAAUGGGUUCAUGCAAAUAUUGCCAAAUUCGGCGGAGAUCCUAAGAAAAUAAUGCUAACCGGCUUCUCAGCUGGUGGAGCUUCAACCCAUUUGCAUGUUCUACAUCCCAGUACCAAAGACAUGGUAAAAACGGCUGUUUCCUUUAGUGGCGUUUCCCUCAAUCCCUGGGUAAUGAUCAAAAAUGCCCGUGCCAAUACUUUAGAAAUGGCAGAAAUUCUGAAAUGCCCCAACACACGAGAUACCCAAGAAAUCAAAGAAUGUCUACAGCAAAAACCUGCCAAAGAGAUUGUAGCAAGUGUAAAAUAUUUCCAGAAUUUCGGUUACAAUCCUUUCACCACCUUUGGUCCUGUAGUGGAGCAUAAAAACGCCCCUCAGGCAUUCCUCACCCAACAUCCCCGCGAUAUCAUACAAGCUGGUACUUACAGUCACAUUCCAUAUCUGGCCUCCUACACAGCAGAAGAUGGCGGCUACAAUGCCGUGGAACUCUUACAAGUGAAUCCCCAAACUGGCAAGGAGUAUAUCCACUUACUGAAUGAUGAUUGGGAGGAAUUGGCCUCAAAGAAUCUGUUUUUGCGCAACAUCAAAGAUCAGCCCCAGGGGUAUGCAAAAGCUUUGCGAGAAAAAUAUCUUGGCGAUAGGGAAUUUUCGGUGGAGAAUUUCCUAAAGGUACAGGAAAUGUACACUGACGUACUGUUUAGAGAUGGUGUUUUGGAAACUUUGAAAUUACACAGCCAGCAUUCAAAGGCGCCCGUCUAUGGUUAUGUUUACGACAAUCCAGCUGACCAAUGUAUUGGUCAUUAUAUGACAUCCAGAAAGGAUGUGGAAUUUGCUCUACAUAGUACUCGUAUUAUAAUCUACUCGUUAAUAUGCCAUAAUGUUCUAACGAGUGUAACGUUGUGA